UUUUACUUUGUUUAAUAGUCGGAUUUGACUCAAGUCUCGAAAGGAGUUACGCAUACGCUGAUUCGAGCAAUCUCAGCGGUUGAAUCGCCUCAACACAGCUACCAAUUAGAGCAAUAAACCCCAGCCAGCACCGUUGGAUCACGACCUCUCACGAUAAAUCUGAUCCGUUCGAUUGCUCCGCACAAUCCAUCCUCUCUAUAUAUCUCCCCCUUCCCACUCUUUUUCCCUCCACCCUCAAACAUUUCAAAACACCAAUCCAGAGAGAGAGAGAGAGAGAGAGAGAGAGAGAUGGAGUUCCUCAAGAAACCUUCCCCCUCCUCCGACCCCCGCUUCUCCACCCCUCCCCCGUACAUGGCGGAGCUCCGCAUCGAGAGCUCCCCCUCCGCCGUGGCCUUCUCCGAGCCCUGCUCCUACUGCGGCAGCCGCAAACGCCGAUGCCUUCACCCCGCCACCACCGCCCGCAAGAAGCUCCUCGUCCUCGAAUCACCCCCCUCACCCUCCUCCUCCGCCACCUCCGCCGCCGACGCAGGGCUAAGCCCCUCGCUGAGCCCUCUUCGCCCGUGCCCUGGCUCCCCCUACCUCCGAUCCAAGUCCUUCCCCCCCGCGGCGUCUCCGAGCACGUCGUCCUGCGUCGUCGAUCCCCCCAUCGCCAACCCCGCCGCCGCCGCGAUCUCGCCGGAUCCGAACGCAACGCCUCACCACCCGUGCUGCACUCCGAUCCCUCCGAUAUCGCCCCCCGCCGCAGCACCAGCCACUCCGCUCCAUCGCUCGGCCUCGUGCGCGGCGGAUCACGCGGUGAUCUCCUCCGCGGAGAAGAAUAAGAAGGAGCAAGUGGAUGGCGCCGCAACGGGAGCGGCGGUGCGAGUGAGCGUUAGCUGCGGGUGCGGCGUCACCCGCGAGGUCGUCUUCGUUCACAGCCGUUGAGAUGAUCCCCACCGGAUUCGGCCACGAUUCACGAC